AUGAAGCUUCAUCAAAUGGAUGUUAAAAGUUCCUUUCUGAAUGGCAUACUUCAGAAAGAAGUGUUUGUGGAGCAACCAACAGGCUUUAAAGAUCCUCAUUUGUUAGAUCAUAUGGAAAAUGGAAUUUUUAUUUCACAGUCUAAUUUCACUCUUAACAUGCUAAAAAAAUUUGGUCUUGAGCAUUCCAAGCAUGCUAGGACACCCAUAGGUACUACUUCUAAACUCACUCGUGACGUGUCAGGAAAAUCAGUUGAUCCAACUCUCUUUUGUAGUAUGAUAGGGAGUCUUCUUUAUCUUAUUGUCAGUAGACCUGAUAUAUGUUUUAGUGUAGGACUCUAUGCUAGAUAUCAGGCCUCCCCUACUGAGUCUCAUCUGGUAGCUGUUAAGAGAAUAAUGAAAUAUGUGGCAGGAACAGUAGAGUUUGGGUUGUGGUAUACCAAUGGUACUAAUAUGUCUUUAGUAGGGUACAAUAACUCAGUUUGGGCUGGAAAUUUAGAUGACAGAAAGAGUACAGUUGGGGGUUGCUUUUAUCUAAGUAAUAAUCUAGUGUCUUGGCAUAGUAAAAAAAUAAAAUUCUAUUUCUCUUUCCACUGCUGA